GCCUAAGAACUUGACAGAGUCAGUAGGAAGUUUCUGCUAGGGUCUGGAGUGGAACUACAUAAAUCAGACCGUCCCUGUAUGACUGGACUCUAAAGCAGAACCAAGGAUACAAAGAGUCUUCAUGUCUAAUAUUUAGACAUGUUCAGCUUUGUGGAUUCCCGGUUACUGCUUUUGAUAGCAGCAACUGUUCUACUCACCAAAGGCCAAGGCGAAGAAGACAUUCCAUCUGGAAGCUGCAUACAGGACGGAAUAACGUACAAUGACAAAGAUGUUUGGAAACCAGAAAACUGCCAGAUCUGCGUGUGCGACAGCGGUAACAUCCUUUGCGACGAGGUGAUCUGUGAACACACAUCGGACUGCCCCCAUCCUCACAUCCCCUUCGGAGAAUGCUGUCCUAUCUGUCCUGAUACGGAUCCCUCUCAACCACAAGCCCCUGGAGUAGAGGGUCCUCAAGGAGAACCAGGCCCCAAAGGAGACAGGGGAGAUCCAGGCCCACCUGGCAGAGAUGGUAUUCCUGGAAAACCUGGACUCCCUGGACCUCCAGGAACCCCAGGCCUUGGCGGAAACUUCGCUUCUCAGCUGUCUUAUGGUUAUGAUGAAAAAUCCGCUGGUGGUGGUCUUGCUCUUCCUGGCCCAAUGGGUCCAUCUGGUCCCCGUGGUCUUCCUGGUCCUCCUGGCUCUCCCGGCCCCCAAGGUUUCCAAGGUCCCCCUGGUGAACCCGGAGAGCCUGGUGGUAGUGGUCCAAUGGGUCCCCGUGGUCCAUCCGGCCCACCUGGCAAGAACGGAGAUGAUGGUGAAGCUGGAAAACCUGGCCGUCCUGGUGAGCGCGGUGCUCCUGGCCCACAGGGUGCCCGUGGUCUUCCUGGAACUGCUGGCCUGCCAGGCAUGAAGGGACACAGAGGAUUCAGCGGUCUUGAUGGGGCUAAAGGUGAUUCUGGUCCAGCUGGCCCCAAGGGUGAGCCCGGUAGCCCUGGUGAGAAUGGUGCUCCUGGACAAGUAGGCCCACGUGGUCUUCCUGGUGAGAGAGGUCGCCCUGGUCCUUCUGGCCCUGCUGGUGGUCGUGGUAACGAUGGUGCUGCAGGUCCUGCUGGCCCCCCAGGCCCCACUGGUCCAGCUGGUCCUCCUGGUUUCCCUGGUGCCGUUGGCCCUAAGGGUGAAACUGGCCCCCAAGGUGGUCGUGGUGGUGAAGGCCCACAAGGUGCUCGUGGUGAACCUGGCCCAGCUGGUCCUGCUGGUGCUGCUGGUCCUUCUGGCAAUCCUGGUGCCGAUGGUCAACCUGGUGGCAAAGGCGUAACUGGUGCUCCUGGUAUUGCUGGCGCUCCUGGCUUCCCUGGUGCUCGUGGCCCAGCUGGACCUUCGGGUCCCAGUGGCGGUCCUGGUCCCAAGGGUAACAACGGUGAACCUGGUGCUCCUGGAAACAAAGGAGAUGCUGGUGCUAAAGGCGAACCUGGCCCCGUUGGUGUCCAAGGCCCUCCUGGUCCACAUGGUGAGGAAGGCAAGAGAGGAUCUCGUGGUGAGCCUGGACCUGCUGGCUUGCCUGGACCUGCUGGUGAACGUGGUGCUCCUGGAAGCCGUGGUUUCCCUGGAUCUGAUGGCAUUGCUGGUCCCAAGGGUCCCUCUGGCGAACGUGGCUCUCCUGGCCCUGCUGGUCCCAAAGGAUCUCCCGGUGAAGCUGGACGCUCUGGUGAGCCUGGUCUCCCUGGAGCCAAGGGUCUGACUGGUAGCCCUGGAAGCCCUGGCCCAGAUGGCAAGACUGGACCCACUGGCCCUGCUGGUCAUGAUGGUCGCCCUGGAUCUGCAGGUCCACCUGGUCAAAGAGGCCAAGCUGGUGUGAUGGGAUUCCCUGGACCUAAAGGUGCUGCUGGUGAGCCUGGCAAAACCGGCGAGAGAGGUACUCCUGGACCUGCUGGUCCUCUUGGUGCUCCUGGUAAAGAUGGUGAAGCUGGUGCUCAGGGACCCCCUGGCCCAAGUGGUCCUGCUGGAGAAAGAGGUGAACCAGGUCCAUCAGGAGCUCCUGGAUUCCAGGGUCUUCCAGGACCUGCUGGUGCCCCUGGUGAAUCUGGAAAGCCUGGUGAACAGGGUGCCCCUGGCGAUGCUGGUGCUCCUGGUCCCUCUGGUGCAAGAGGGGAGAGAGGUUUCCCUGGUGAACGUGGUACCCAAGGUCCCCCAGGUCCUCAGGGACCCCGUGGUUCUAAUGGUGGUCCUGGUAACGAUGGUGCUAAGGGUGAUGCUGGUGCUCCUGGCGCUCCUGGAAGCCAAGGUCCUCCUGGCCUUCAGGGUAUGCCCGGUGAACGUGGCGCUGCUGGUCUGCCUGGUGCCAAGGGAGACAGAGGUGACGCAGGUCCCAAAGGUGUUGAUGGUGCUCCUGGCAAAGAUGGAGUUAGAGGACCGACUGGACCUAUUGGCGCAGCUGGACCAGCUGGUUCUCCUGGCGACAAGGGUGAAGCUGGUCCUGCUGGCCCUGCUGGCCCCACUGGUGGUCGUGGUGCUCCUGGAGAUCGUGGUGAGCCUGGCCCUGCUGGCCCUGCUGGAUUCGCUGGCCCCCCUGGUGCUGAUGGACAACCUGGUGCUAAAGGUGAACCUGGUGAUGCUGGUGCUAAAGGUGAUGCUGGUCCUCCUGGCCCUGGUGGAGCCACCGGACCUCCUGGCCCUUCUGGUGCUAUUGGUGCUCCUGGACCCAAAGGUGCUCGUGGAGGCCCUGGACCUGCUGGUGCUACUGGAUUCCCCGGAGCUGCUGGUAGAAUUGGACCCCCUGGCCCAUCUGGUAACAUCGGUCUUCCUGGCCCACCAGGCCCUGGUGGAAAGGAAGGUGGCAAAGGACCCCGUGGUGAGACUGGACCUGCUGGCCGCCCUGGUGAAGCUGGACCUGCUGGCCCACCUGGACCUACUGGUGAGAAGGGCUCUCCCGGUUCUGAUGGACCCCCUGGUGCACCUGGUACUCCUGGUCCCCAAGGUAUUGGUGGACAGCGUGGUGUAGUUGGUCUUCCCGGGCAAAGAGGCGAGAGAGGUUUCUCUGGUCUUCCUGGACCAUCUGGUGAGCCUGGCAAACAAGGCCCAUCUGGUCCUUCUGGUGAACGUGGUCCUCCUGGCCCAUCAGGACCACCUGGUUUGGCUGGACCCCCUGGUGAAGCUGGACGUGAGGGUGCUCCUGGUGCAGAAGGUGCUCCCGGUCGUGAUGGUGCUGCUGGUCCUAAGGGUGAUCGUGGUGAGAGUGGCCCAGCUGGUGCUCCUGGUGCCCCCGGUGCCCCUGGCGCCCCAGGCCCUGUUGGCCCUGCUGGCAAGAAUGGAGACCGUGGUGAGCAUGGUCCCGCUGGCCCUGCUGGUCCCGCUGGCCCUGCUGGCGCUCGUGGUCCUUCUGGCCCACAAGGUGCUCGUGGUGACAAGGGUGAGACUGGCGAACAUGGUGAAAGAGGAAUGAAGGGUCACAGAGGAUUCUCUGGUCUCCAGGGUCCCCCUGGUGCCCCUGGUUCUCCUGGUGAACAAGGUCCCUCUGGUGCUUCUGGCCCUGCUGGUCCAAGAGGUCCCCCUGGCUCUUCUGGUUCCUCUGGUAAAGAUGGUCUGAAUGGUCUCCCUGGUCCCAUUGGUCCACCUGGUCCCCGUGGUCGCACUGGUGAUGUUGGCCCUGCUGGUCCUGCUGGACCUCCUGGCCCACCUGGUCCCCCAGGCGCACCCAGCGGUGGCUUUGAUUUCAGCUUCCUGCCCCAGCCUCCUCAGGAGAAAGCUCAUGAUGGCGGUCGCUACUACAGAGCUGAUGAUGCCAAUGUAAUGCGUGACCGUGACCUUGAAGUUGACACUACCCUCAAGAGCCUGUCCAUGCAGAUUGAGAACAUCCGUAGCCCUGAGGGAACCCGUAAGAACCCAGCCCGCACUUGCCGUGACCUGAAGAUGUGCCAUGGAGACUGGAAGAGCGGAGAGUACUGGAUUGACCCCAACCAAGGCUGCAACCUGGAUGCCAUCAAGGUCUACUGUAACAUGGAGACUGGAGAGACUUGCAUCCACCCAUCUCAGCCUACCAUCUCCCAGAAGAACUGGUACAUCAGCAAGAACCCCAAGGAGAAGAAACAUGUCUGGUUUGGCGAGACAAUGACUGAAGGCUUCCAGUUUGAAUAUGGUGGUGAGGGAUCCAACCCAGCCGAUGUUGCCAUUCAGCUGACCUUCCUGCGCUUGAUGUCCACUGAAGCUUCCCAGAACAUCACAUACCACUGCAAGAACAGCGUGGCAUACAUGGACCAACAGACUGGCAACCUGAAGAAGGCUCUGCUGCUCCAAGGCUCCAACGAGAUUGAGAUCAGAGCAGAGGGCAACAGCCGCUUCACCUAUGGAGUCACCAAGGAUGGCUGCACGAGUCACACUGGUAGUUGGGGAAAGACAGUCAUUGAAUACAAGUCAACAAAAACUUCCCGGUUGCCCGUCAUAGAUGUGGCUCCCAUGGACGUUGGUGCCCCAGACCAGGAAUUCGGCCUUGAGAUUGGACCAUGCUGCUUCUUGUAAACCCAAAAGGAAACCUGACAGUCUAAAAAAUAAAAUAAAAAACAGCCAAAAAAGAAGGAAAUUUCACAUGGACUUGAAUUUGUGUCUUUUUCUAUCCAUCAUCUCUAAAACUAUUUUUGUUUCCGUUAAAAAAACAAAAAAAGCAUUAAACCAAAAAAAUAAAAAUAAAUGACUUUUCAAAAAUAAUUAAGGAAGUGCAUCCACUUGCUUGACUUUUUCAUUAUUAUUAUUAUUAAAAUCCCCGAAGACAGAAUGGUUUGAUUUUAUCUUAUUCUUUUUUUAAGAUCAAGUAAUAUUGUGGGACCACUAUUUGCACAUUCCAAAAUACAUAUAUAAAAACUGAACAAAAUGACAAAACCAGUCCAAACCAAGCAACAUCUGAAGUACAUCAGCCAGUUUUGUAAAUCUGUUGUUUUGGGAGCAACAAAAGCAAUAAUAAACUAGUGGUAGGACCUGCCCAUUUACACCCCUAUAAAAAUACCCCCCCUCCCAACCUGGAGCUGGGAAAAUAUCCCAAAAUUUACCUAUAGGCCAUCUUUCUCUGCCGGUACCUUAUAGAGAGAGAUUUUUCUUUCUCUUUUUCUUUAUACGGAGCAAUACCACUGAAAAUAUUUUUCAGCCAUUUUAAAUGUACAUUUUUUUCUGUUUUGUUCAGUCGGCAAUAAAGAUACAUUUGAGAAGUCUAAAUAAAUACAGGUGUGGCACUGGGUGGUUUGAAGAACAGAAACCUGUUUCAAGAAAAAGAACAGGUGAAUAAUGCCUGUCCCUCUGAGAGAGGUCAGAGAUUAUUUUGAAGCAAGACAGGCAGAAAAAAUAGGUUUAAGUGCUAUAAAUGUUUUGUCGGUGAACAACUGAAGGAAAAAAUGGCCAAUAAUAUUAGAAAGCAGAGAAAAUGUAAUGUUAAAUGUAUAUUAUUGUUGUAUGGACGGCUACCUCACCAUUGUCAUUUUCAAGUUCUUUGGGGUAGUUUUGGGAUUUUUUUCAUACCAGUAUCAGGUUGCAUGGGGGGAAACUGGGCAGAAUUUCAAGUUUAGAUAAAGGUGCUAACUGUCUUUUAUAUAUCUAUUUUUUUCCUUUUUAGUCUAUGUUAAUAAUUUUUUAAGGUCCCAAGAAUUUUUUAUUUUGAUCAACCUAUAAAAACCUCACCCCAUGCAAGGUCCUGAGAGGGGUUAUUUGGUGCUAUAGAAAUGAGACUAUUGGAGGGGGGAAUCAAAUUUGAUUCCUUGCUGCCUACAGAUACUUGUGAAUUUUUUUCAAAAGGUGCUAUUUUUUUUAACAAGCAAAAAAAAAUUCCAGGAUGAGGAAAAAAAAUCAAACAUUGCUACAAGGGAUCAAGGUCUGAGCAGUUUCUGUCUUUCUCUUGUAAAGCAGGUGGAUUCCCUUUUGGCUUGUCUUUCCCCUCCUCACAUUCACCCAGUUCUUCUCAACCCCUUUUUUCUUCUUCCAUCUCUUGUCCCACCCUGCAAGCAGACUCUUGUGCCAAGCCUCUCUUGUUCUCCCAUGGUCCUCACUCGCUGCUGAUCCAUUCAUCCCUUUCUUAUUCACCUCUUUCUUCUCCACUCCCCCAGCCUCCCCCUCAUCUUCUUUUUCUCCCCUCUUCUGUCUUUCGGUGGGUUUCCAAUUCAAGCAAACCCAUUCCUCUCUUUAACAAGAGGCAGAUGUUCUAGGGAGUGUGAGCGACCAAAGAUUCUGUACCUAUUUUGUAUAUGUAUAAUAAUUUGAGAUGUUUUUAAUUAUUUUGACUGCUGAAAUAAAGCAUGUGAAAUGAUCCAAUA